AUGAACCAAGUGGUCUUCGAUUCAUCAUUGGGUUGUGCUGUUCAAACUAGAUCAUGUGAUCACUGUUUCCAUCGCAAGAUCAAGUGUGACCGGCGUAACCCGUGUUCGCCUUGUCAAGAUAACCAUGUAGAAUGCCAAUACGAGAGGCCUAGGAAGAAGCGCCGGUACAUUCGACCGGUAUCAGAUGAUCCAGAUGUCAACUCUAGAGUAUCUUCGGAGAGGCUCAACAUCUUGUAUGAGGAAAGGGCAGGCUGGUUGCCUGCUGAUACCAUUGACGUGCGCACCCCUACAGAGGCACAGCAACUGAAUUCAGUGCGUGUGAACAAUUCUACGAAUGCGCAAAUCACUACCGUCUCCCCUUUCCAGCUGGAGACAGAAUACUGGAACCUUGGUAUGGGGGAAUGCUUCUUCUACCCAACCAACCUUUUUGGAGUGGUCGACCUUCCUCCCUAUCUACCCUCACUGCCAUUUAACGUGCCUGAAAGUCCUGGAAUAUCGCUUUCAUCUCCACUCCAGCAUCUCUCGAGUCAAAACGGAGUGCUCGAUCGUUUCCUGGAUGACAGCUCCAUCCCACAGCUCAUCGACGUGUUCCUAGAGCGCCUACAACAAUCCAUGCCCUUCUUCACCCGCUCAUAUCUGCAUCAAAACAUCGCGCGUCAACGACAUCUCCAAGAUCGGUCUUUCGGCUCUUUGGUGCAGGCCAUCUGCUCCCUGGUCCUUUUGCAGCCCGUGCAGAGCCAGGAGAAACGCUCAUGGCCGAAUCGUGAAGCUAGAGCCGACGCACACUUGGCCCUGGCUGUAAAUUUACACUCACAGUCUGAUUUAGGUCAGAGCCCGACUCUAGAAACGAUCAUGACGAGUGUCUUCUUGUUUGCAUGUCAGUUCUGUAAGGGCAAUUUUGACGCAGCCAGAUUUCGGCUCAGGGAGGCAGCAGCUCUAGCCGAGGUGAUGAAUCUCGACAAGCCUGAAUCGUACGGCCGGAUUGGAGACACAGAAAAGCAAAGGAGGCUCCGCACACUGAUCAGCCUUACGAUCAUUGAGAGAAUCUACUCGGUCCAGAGAGACUACAUUCCGGGCACGAAAUCACUAAGCCGGAACAAGCUGCAAGAACUGCAGAAUGCCAUAGCAUCUUCCGAUGACAGGGGUGAAAGCGAGAACAUCAUUGCCAUGGAGUGUAUCAGCAACAUGCUUGAGCAGGUGGACUUCAUUGAUCCCGAUAUAAUAAAAUGCUGGAAGGGUUUCUGCUGGGAAGAAGAGACCCCGACACAUGUCACCAGAAGCACAAUACUCACUCUCCUACGAAGGUACCGGAUUCCACCACGGUUUUCUGGACUUUCUGGUAUCGAUACCCAUGCUCAGCAUGCAGAUAUCCUCGUUACCAGGCACUGGAUCAGGAUCAAGCUGUGGUCUUUGGCCAAUAGCCAUGGCUACGUUGAAGCCCUAUCUGACGAUGAGGAGUUCCGUCAUGAGUACGCCGUGACCAUUGCCAGCGAGGCUCUUGACACCUGUUCUCAGUUCCAGAUGACUAGUCUCGAAGUACAUGGCAUCGGACUUGUAUUUAUCCUUGAGAUUCCCGUUGAUAUAGACCCAAACUGA